CCUAGACUCUCACGUCAAUGUGCGCAUCAUCAAGCACCAAGGAGCCUGACAGAAAAGAAAUCAAUUCAGAGAAAAGGAGUGCUUAUGAUUUUGCGACGAAUUUCAAUCAACCGAUGUUUGCCCGGACUUCAAGCCGGUAUUUGCUAUGGUGUAAGGCAAUUCAUUUCAUCCCUCGUUCCUGAAAGGCUCAGAUAGUCUCAGAAUCUCCAAUCCACCUCGCUCUUCUACGAAUACCAGAACGGACGUAUGCUAGCUUGGCACCGACUACCGCUUCAGGCUAAACGGCCUUCUCCACACCAGAUUAAGAUCUCGGGCUGGUGACGUGCCGGGCAGUAAGGGGCAUUCAAGGGCCGUUUGGCAGAGUCCCCCGACUCAAGGUCGGUGGUGCUGAGAC